UUGGUGUCCAAUCACAUGUCGCUUUAGGUACGGUUCCGUCUUCGAAGCCCGAAACUAGUAAAUUUUCGUCAUCAUGCUUAUCAAAGUAAAGACUCUCACGGGAAAAGAGAUUGAAAUCGAUAUUGAACCUACUGACAAGGUUGAGCGGAUAAAGGAACGAGUAGAAGAAAAAGAAGGAAUUCCACCAGCCCAACAGAGACUCAUUUUCAGUGGAAAACAGAUGAAUGAUGAGAAAACAGCUCAAGAUUACAAAGUUCAAGGUGGCUCGGUUCUUCAUCUGGUGCUGGCACUGAGAGGGGGCCUCUGAUCUACAUCCACGUGUAUCUUGUAUCUACCGUUGCUAUGUGUGUCUGUAUAGUAAAGCGUGGCUAUGAAUGAAUGAAACCUGAGGUGCGACUGUGCCGUGUGUGCUACAGCAACCCUAUGAUGAACAUCCAUGCUGCCUAAACCGUAAACACCAGGUCAUACUGUAGCCAUAUCAGGUUUUGCUGUCCACGUGUGCACCCAAGUUGACAUAAUGGACACUGAAAUAUAUCGAAUAAAUCGAUACAAAAGUUG